UUGAGACUUAAUUCUACAACAUAAAUCUAUCAUUAAAAUGUCUUCUGGAAUCCAAGCCUUAUUAAAGACCGAGAAAGACGCUGCUGAAAUUGUCAAUGAGGCAAGAAAGUACAGAACCAACCGUUUGAAGUCUGCUAAGGCUGACGCUCAAAAGGAAAUCGACGAGUACAAGCAACAAAAGGAAGCUGAAUUGAAGAAGUACGAAGACGAACAUGCUGGAUUAAACGAGUCUAUCAGUAAGGAUGCCGAUGCCGAAGUUCAAAAGGAAUUGGCUGAUAUCAAGGCCAAGUAUGCUGAAAAGAAGACUGCUGUUGUAAAGUUGUUGGUUGACGCCACAACCAAGCCUACUCCUGAAUUGCACAUCAAUGCUUAAUAAGUAUGCUUAAGAGACAUUGACUGAAGAACUAGUCUGUUACUGGAUUAUAUCAGACCAUGGUUCUGAGUAUUUUGGAUUUUAGUUCAUAAAACAAAUAAUUAGAAAUUUCAUAUUAUACGAGAAUA